AAGUCAUGGUCAUACAAGCUCCAGUCCUGCAGAUGAGUGCUGCUACCCGGUCGCAGUCUUCAAUAUCUCGUGGUGAAAGCUGCUCUCCUCAGGUGAUAAGGAUCAGCCUGCAGCAUCUCGGAUGUAAAAGACGCGUUUCAACGACGAUGUGCUAUGGAGAGUGUGAGAGCUUUUCGUAUCCCAACAAACGUAAUUUCAAAUAUCCGGUCAAGCAUAGCAGCGACCUCCACAACGUGUGCAGAUGCUGUACACCCACACAGAUAGAAAAGAUUGCCCACACGUUGACGUGUAGAAUGGGCAGUCGGAUCAGUACGAAGACAUUCUAUGUUGCUAAUAUGAAGAGCUGCGCAUGCAGGCCGUGUGGAGGGCACUGAAACGACGCGUGCUGUUUGUUGACUACAGCCACGAGCCUUGUAAAGUAUACCUAUUCUUUUGUAUUCUAACUUGAAUGACAUGGGACUUGCGACGUUCUUCUGAUGAAGUCAUAUAAUAGAACUGGACACUUGAUAGUCGUCUGUUUAUACGUGACUGAUUUGUAUGUUUUGCAAGCCCGUAGAAUGACUUGGCUGCAAGGUUUCUUUCUAACAUUGGACAUUGGAAUAGAGGUUAUCAUCUAGACUGGUUGGAUUAUCUGUUUGAGUAUUCUGCUUUAGUUUUUUGAAUGGUUAGAAGCUACU